AAUUACUCACGCCCUGUUGGAGGACAGCUGCCACUACCUCUUGUACUCCCUCAUCUUCGUCAACUCCUACCCCGUCACCAUGAGCAUUUUCCCUGUGCUGCUGUUCUCGUUGCUCCACGCAGUGACCUACACGAAGAAAGUUCUUGAUGCACGAAGCUCAAAUAGUCUUCCUUUCCUAAGAAAUCUGUUGGACAAGCUAAACGCCAAUCAACAAAACAUCUUAAAAUUUAUUGCCUGCAACGAAAUCUUCUUGAUGCCAGCUACCGUGUUUAUGCUUUUCAGUGGACAAGGAAGCUUGUUGCAGCCGUUUAUUUACUACAGGUUUCUUACACUCCGUUACUCUUCCCGGAGAAAUCCUUACUGCCGGACCCUCUUCACAGAGCUGAGGAUUGUGGUGGAGCAUCUCGUAAUGAAGCCUUCUUGCCCGCUGUUUCUGCGAAGACUCUGCGUGAGCAGUAUUUCUUUUAUAAGUAGACUGGCCCUCACAGUGGCGUAGCCCACCCUGGAAACCUCCGUACGU